UUUGGGGAUACUGACCCCUCGUUAUAUCUACUCCUUCUAUAUUCAGAGGUCUCUUUAUUUCUUACUAGCCAAUCUCUUAUUACUCUAUUACCCCGUUAUAGUUAAUAAUCCUUCAUAUUAAACUUUCACUGUUCGAAUUACUAUGUGGUUUCUCCUGAUUUAAUGAAGUCUGAAACAGAAUUGGUAUUGUGGAUGGUCCCUGAGGUAGACCUUUAAUAUGACAUUUGGGGAUUUUUUUGGUUGUACCUUUGGGCUUGAGCAUAGUGCCCCUGCUUCUUGCCAAUGGGAAAUGAUAUGAAGGUAAGCCUUGCCAUGCAUGGACAUCAUAGUUUGUCAAGCUGUCACAGUGGAUGAUUAUGAUGAAGUGUCAACUAAAGUGCUGGGGAGCCAAGUGUAUCAAUCUGGUUUCAGCAACCAGAGGAGUUGUGGUCAUACCAUAUCCUCUUAAACACAUAUAAGCUCUGUAAGAUAAGAAACCGAAGAAGCUGGUCUCCCAUUUAGAGACAGAGAAGACUCUGUUUUCUUUUGGAAAUGAGCAGUGAAGUAGAUGACUUUACAACAGGACAUCAAAAAAAAAUGAAGCCUCAUGGAGAACCCAACAGGCGCUCAUCUAAGAGAAGGCGGAGUGCUACUGUCAUUCACGAUGUCCAUGUGAAUGAGAUGGAAAAUGAGCAACCACCACCUGAAGGCUUCUCGUCAAAAUAUGUUCCACCAGAGCCUAUGAAUAUGGCAGAAGGUGGUAUUCCACCUAAUCAAUUGGAUUCUCUGUCUGAUGACUCCAUCAGUCUCGGGAAAGAUGAGCUGGUUCACAAACCUGGUAGUAGUGAUACACCUGUAGAAGGAACCAAACACAGUAGUGUUUCUGUAGAUGACCCAAGAGUCACAGCAAUGUCUUCAAUGGAAAAUGUGCCAAAUACAUGGCAAAUCAGUCCUGCCAUGGCACAGAAAAUUAAUGAUGAUAUAAAAUAUCAAUUAAUGAAGGAAGUUCGAAAGUUUGGACGAAACUAUGAAAAAAUUUUCGUUUUGCUUGAAAAAGUGCAAGGAGAUUCAGAAGUCAAAAAACAAUUUGUUGAAUUUACCAUCAAGGAAGCAACAAGGUUUAAAAGAUUUGUUUUAAUACAGCAACUUAAGAAGAUCCUUUAAAAAAUAGAUUCCUAUCAUCCUCAGCAAAAGUAAUCACAUGAAGGGAAGAUAAUUGUGUUAUUACAAAGAACAUAGAGAAACAAGGACAAGUUUUCUAUGCUGUAGGAUGGAAUGGGAUCUUGAUAAAGAUCCCUAGAAUUUUGAAGUCAAGAGAAUUCCCUUUUAGAAGCUAAGAAAAAACAGUGGAGCUUUUUCAAUUUUGUGAUUUUCUAUUA